UCAAAAACUCUCUCUCUUUUGCAAAGUUUUAAGACUUCCUAGCAAUCACCAUAGUAAUUAGCUCCCCCCAAAACACAAAAAUACAAUUACAAAAACAAACAAACUUUCUAUUCUUAGAAAGUCUCUGUCUGUCUUCCUCAAAAAAAAAAAAAAAAAAAGUCUCUGUCUGUCUCUGCCACCACAAGUACAAUUCACUGACUCCGGACUCGGACUCAGACUCAGACUCCAACGAGCCGUUACACUGAAUUCCCUCCCCUUAGGGUUUCCAUUUUUAGAAUCUAUUCUCCUGUGUCACUCUUUCAGUCUGUCUCUCUCUCUCUCUCUCUAAAAAAGUCACUCUCUCUCUCUCUCUAGAAAAUUCUUGGACUUUUGGGAUUUGGACCCAGUGAGCUCGCCGAAUUUCGAAGUUUUCUGGACAAGAACUCAUAAAGUUUGAGACUUUGACAUACUUAAAGUGAAUUGCGGCGGGUUCGGUGGUCAGCGUUCAAUUUUUGAGUUAAUCUUUUUGAGUGCAGGUUUUGUACUGUUGAAUUGGGGAAAGGCUUAUUUUUGUUGUGAAAUUUUGAGUAUAGGCGGUGGUAGUCGGUGAAAGACAGGUUCAUGAGAAGCUUUAAGGGCCUUAGUAUGGAGGACAGAGAAGAUAACAUAGAAAGGAGAAUUUUUUUGAGCCACUGUCAAUUUAUAGAUCUGUAGUGUUAGUAAUUUCAAUUGGGAAUUUGGUUUUUGAUCUGAAGAUGGAUUACCCCCUUUCACCUAAAGGAAAGGGGACCGGGUUUUGGCAAUCUCCAAGACCUCAGUUGGAGAAUUCAGUAUCAUUUGAAGGAUCAAGGAGCCUGAAUUUGGAGGAUAGCUUCUCGGAUCUCAUGAAUUUUGAUACGGAUGCUGGAUGGUACAAUAGCCCCAGUGCAACAGAUCAGAUUCUCACCUCUUACGGGUUGUCGUCAUUUCCAUCAACCCCUUAUGGUGUGUCUUCGGAUGCUUUGAAUUUCUCGGAACAGAAUGGUGGUGCUUUUCCUGUUAAUGAAGUUGGUGGAACUUUCAAUCCCGUGGGGAAUUCUUUCCAUUGUGGAGAUAAAUUGAUGUUUGACCAAAUGGACACACAAUAUGGGUUCUCAGUGGAUUCGAACGAUGCAAAUGGCUUGGCAACUGCACAAAAUAAUUGUUCUUUUCCUCAAAAUAGUGUCUUUGAUAUGGGAAAUUGUAUGAUACCUAGGCCACUUAGCAUGUCAGUUGAUGAGAAGAUGCUUAAGGCAUUGUCUUUGUUCAAAGCUUCAUCUGGUGGGGGUAUUUUGGCGCAAGUUUGGGUUCCCAUGAGGCUUGGUGAUCAGCACAUCUUAAGCACUUGGGAGCAACCCUAUUUGCUCGAUGAAAUGCUUGCAGGGUAUCGUGAAAUUUCAAGAUCGUUUGUUUUUCCUACUGAAAGGAGAUCAGGUUCAUUCCUUGGGCUUCCUGGUCGUGUGUUUAUCUCCAAAGUUCCAGAAUGGACUUCAAAUGUUAGUUAUUACAAUAAGGUUGAGUAUCUGCGGGCAGAUCAUGCAGCUCAGCAUGAGGUCCGUGGAUCAAUUGCUGUGCCAGUUUUUGAUUCUCUUGAGAUGUCAUGCUGUGCUGUGUUGGAACUUGUCACUACCAAAGAGAAGUCCAAUUUUAAUGCAGAGUUGGAAACUGUUUGCAAUGCGCUCCAGGCUGUGAAAUUAAGGACUACUGAACCUCCUCGACUUCGUCCCCAGUGCCUGUCAAAGAACCAAAGAGCUGCCUUAGCAGAGAUAAUUGAUGUUUUACGAGCUGUGUGUCAUGCACAUAGAUUGCCACUGGCUCUGACAUGGAUACCUUGUUAUUACACUGAGGGAACUGAUGAUGAAAUGGCAAGAGUACGGGUUAGAGAGGGCAACACAAAUUCUAAUGAGAAAUGUAUACUGUGCAUUGAGGAAACAGCUUGUUAUGUGAAUGAUAGAACAAUGGAAGGUUUUGUUUAUGCAUGCCUGGAACAUCAUCUUGAGGAGGGGCAAGGUAUAGCUGGGAAAGCACUUCAAUCAAAUCAUCCCUUCUUCUACGCAGAUGUGAAGAAUUAUGAGAUAAGUGAGUAUCCACUUGUCCAUCAUGCACGCAAAUUUGGUUUGAAUGCUGCAGUCUCAAUCAGGUUAAGGAGCACCUACACUGGUGAAGAUGAUUAUAUAUUAGAGUUAUUUCUCCCUGUCAAUAUGAAGGGGAGUGCAGAACAGCAACUCUUGUUGAACAACUUAUCAGGUACCAUGCAGAGAAUAUGUAAGAGUUUGAGGACAGUUUCAGAUGCAGAAAACCAAAACUUUCCACUGAUGGCUAUGCCUGGGGAAAACUCUCAGUUUACAUCAUCAGAUAAUGAUGUGAAUUCAACCGAGAAGAUGCCAUUGGAAGUGUCUAACACAAGAAAUGAUAUAAUUGAACCAGAUAGUCUUCAUAAGCAAGCAACAAGUGGAUCUAGAAGGCAUGAGAAAAAGCGAAGUACAGCAGAGAAGAAUGUGAGCUUGAGUGUUCUUCAGCAAUACUUCUCUGGGAGUCUUAAGGACGCUGCAAAAAGCAUAGGCGUUUGCCCCACUACACUGAAAAGGAUUUGCAGACAACAUGGAAUCUCAAGAUGGCCAUCCCGUAAGAUAAAUAAGGUGAACCGUUCCUUAAGGAAAAUACAGACUGUGAUUGAUUCUGUUCAGGGGGUGGAGGGAGGAUUGAAGUUUGACCCAAAUACUGGAGAGUUUAUGGCAGCAGGCUCCAUAAUCCAAGAAACUCUUUCACAGAAAAGUCUUUUCCCUGACAAAAACUUGUGUGUCAAAAAUGCUGAGCUAGCCACCCAAAAUGCAGUUUCAGUACCUUCAGCACCUGGAUUUGAUGGCGUGAGUUCUCUAAUUAAGCUGGAAGAGGAUGACUCUUCCAUGGGUUUAAACCAAGUAGCUCCUUCAAGGGGUAAGCUCAAUACAAACACAUGUGGAGAAGAACUAAGGAAAUCCAAUGCUGUACCAUGCCAGCAGGCUAGCCUUGAGACAGCUUCUCAGGCUUCUCCUGAAAGUGUCUCCUUGGGCUCUUAUCUUGUGAACAGAGGUGAAAAAUACAGUCUGAACAAGGACAGCUUAAAAUUAGAAAAUUCUGACUGCCACUUUGUGUCUCUGAGCUCAUUGGCUGCCGGUGAUGAUAUAGAUACUGUGAUCGAUGUGGAUGAUGGGAUUGUUGAACAUAACCAGCCUAGUUCUUCAGGUAUGACAGACUCAUCAAAUGGUUCUAGUUCAAUGAUGCGUGGCAGUUCAUCAAGCUCUCAGAGCUUUGAGGAGCAGAAGAACUCUAAAGUCAAAACAAGCUGUGUUGAUAGUGGAUCCAAAAUUAUUGUGAAAGCUACCUACAGAGAAGAUACAAUCCGGUUCAAGUUUGAGCCUUCGGCUGGGUGUUUCCAACUGUAUGAAGAAGUUGGAAAGAGAUUCAAGUUACAAAAUGGGACAUUCCAACUCAAGUAUUUAGAUGAUGAAGAGGAAUGGGUAAUGUUAGUAAGUGACUCAGAUCUUCAAGAGUGUCUUGAGAUUUUGGAUGAUAUUGGCACACGAAGUGUCAAGUUAUUAGUUCGAGAAGUUCGAGAUAUGCCUUGUAGUAUGAACAGCUCUGGCAGUAGCAACUGCUUCUUGACAGGAGGCUUAUAAUAUUUGAGUCUGGCUUUUGUAGUAUUUAGGUCAAUUCUACAUGGUCCUGCAGGUUCUAGUUCAUAUGCACGAAAUUCUGCAAAGGUGAGAGGCAUUCUGUACAGCUGGCCCCCAUAUCUCUGAAGUUUAUAUGCUUUUUCCUUCUCCACUGUCAAUUAUGAUAUGAGACAUUAAUGUGUUUUGGGUUAAGAUGCUGAUAAUUUCAAAGCAAAUCCCAUUCUGAAGUACAGUUAUGUCUCUUACAUGUUGGCUGUUGCAAGAACGUAAGUGAAAAAGAGGAAAAGAGCAUAUGUGGGUCAUGUGGAAACCCCUUCUAUGACUAAGUUCAUGUAUAGGUCUGUAUAUGGUAGAAUUGGGAAUGUAGGUUGUUGUAGUUGCAGAAGGAUUCAUGGUAUGAUGUUCUGUAGUACCCUAAUCAAAGUCUGUAUAGAGAUUUUACAUAUGUAUAAAUGAGAGAAUAGAUGGCCUAAAGCUGUUGAUUUUGUGCUUUA